GCAUCUCAUUCUUCUGGAUUGCUUCCCGCCUGCCUGCUGGGUGGGAGUAUGUCCUGUGCAACGAUCACUCCAAAUCGAGACCAGGUCGUGGACAACAGUGGGUUGCAUGCGCUGAUGGCACACCUGCUUGCCAUUCGCAGCCAGCUGGAUGCAGUUCUGGCUUCGCAGAACCACGUGCAGGAGGCGGUGUCAGUCUUGAAGGACAACUCGCUCGCGCUUGGGCGAGGUCGAGCAACACUGCAUGGCUCAUUGGACGGACCCCCAAGAGGCGCAAUAUCUGCUCGUCCACCUGCAGACAGCAUGGACGAGGAUGCAGAUUCCGUGCAAUACGAGCAGGUUCAAUACAACCUCGACCAAGAACUGAAGAAGGUGGAAGCAAAAUAUGUGGAGACCGUCGAUGCGAACCUCGAGUUCAUUCCACACAAGAGCUACAAGGAUGAGCUUACGGAUUUGAUGCUGAAAGCUGAAUACGAGGAGAACACAGGAUUCAAAUACCGGCAUAUGACCUGGCGGGAGAAAGUGAAGACCAUGACUGCCUCCCAGAAAGGGGCGCUCAUUGAUGCCUUGACCGGUGCCUUGGUCAUUGCCAACACAGUAGUCAUUGGUCUCAGCGCAGAUGAUGUUGGCUGGGUAGGCUGGCAAUGGCUGGACGUAUGCUUCACAUUGGGCUUUUUGAGUGAGAUGAUUGCAAAGAUGAUCAUCCAGGGCUUCUUCGUCUACUUCAGAGAUCAAUGGCACUGGCUAGAUUGUGGGCUGGUCUUCUUUGAUCUUGUUCAAACUGUCAUGUGGAUUGCAUCCGUGGACACAGCAAGUGAUGCCUUUGCGCUCGCACGGGUGGUCAGGGUGGCGCGGCUCAGUCGCAUUUGUCGCGUCCUCCGGGUCUCCUUCUCACAGAACUUGGUGCGAAUGACUAGCGCCAUUGCAGGUUCUUUAACCACGAUCCUGUGGGGCUCAAUACUGUUGAUCCUCACGGUCUAUGUGAUGGCCAUAGUCUUCCGAGAGACCGUCGGCAGAAGUGACCUGCAGUACGAGACAACCGGAAAGUACUUUGACUCAGUGCCCAGAUCUACUCUAACACUUUUCCGCUGUGCUUUUGGAGAAUGUACAACCAAUACGGGGUAUCCUAUUUUUGAAUACAUCAAUGAUUUCCACGGAGUCGGACUUGUUGCGGCUUGGGGAUGCUUUAUCAGUUUCGUCAUACUAGGCCUCUUCAAUGUCAUCACCUCGAUUUUCAUAGAAAAGAUGAUGGUGGCUGCGCACAAAGAGGAGAAGACAGAACAGUCAAAGCGAUUAAUGGAUGAAUCUCUUUGGGCCACACGGAUCGCAAAGCUCCUCCGUGUGGUCUGGCGACUUGUUGAUCCCCAAUGGGAUGGCGAGCUCUCUGAGGAUGUUGAAAGCCUGUUAGAAGUUUCACUCUCUCCAAAGGAGUUCCAUGCACUCGUGAAGGACGAGUAUGCAGCGAAGGCCCUCGAUGAACUCGAUGUUAGUCGGGAGGACCAUGGCUUCCUUUGCACAAUCCUGGAUCCUGAGAACCGCAAGGCUGUGAGUGUUCGUGAAAUUGUACAAGGUAUUCAAAGAAUUCGUGGUGAACCUCGCAGAAGCGACAUUGUCGCAGUUGGUCUCGUGGUCCGAUCCAUAAAGACCCAAAUGGGUGUGCUUGCAACAGAGCUUCGAGAACUGAAGGAAUGUUCCAGGGACAACUUGAAGCUACUGACCUCCUUGGCCAAGGGAGAGGUUUCGCGGUACAAGUGUGCUCAGAAGCAGAACAGCUAAUGAACCAGCCGUGCCGAAGGCAUUUACUGAAUAAUGACAGCAAAUAGAAUUGCUUGUUCGCAAUUCUUUUAAAAUAUUAUAUAACUUGAUUUGAUAU